ACAGAAGGCGUUUUUUUUUGUGAAGUUAUAUUUAAAACUCAUCCUGUCAGGCCAGUUUGUCAAGUUUCAGGGUUGGUAUGUAGCCAGGUAGCCAUUACGCAGGUAAAGGGAGUGAACAAAACUCCACAAUUGUUUGUGGCGAGGACAGAACAAACAUGGUACAAUAACCAGAAACUGGAAGAUCACACGGAAAAAAUAAAGAAAUUAUCGACAUAGAAUAAUACUGUGAGCGACCUCCAGACGUUUCUCCACUAUGAGUCGGGAGCGAGCAGACUCCCAGGGGUCACUUGGGCCUGACGAUGAGGUCAUGCCAUAUAGUGACGACGAGACGGAUGAUGAGUUGGACCCCAGCUCAGACGAAGAGCGGCCACAGGUCGAAGAGGCCAAGAGCACCGAGUCUGGUUGGAGAGUCAAAGCAAACGACAGGGCCUUCUGUAACCUGCCAGAGUUUCAGAAAAAAUACUUCCUGUGUCUCAAGAAGAGUAAAUAUGCAGGGAAUGGAAUCAAGACAUACAAAUAUAACGCCUUGACGUUCAUCCCACUGAAUUUGUUCGAGCAGUUCAAACGAGCUGCUAACCUUUACUUCCUGGCCCUGCUCAUCUUACAGAUUAUUCCUGAGAUCACCACGUUGCCUUGGUACACCACCUUAGUGCCUUUAGUUCUGGUGCUGGGAAUCACAGCCAUCAAAGACCUGGUGGACGAUCUGGCCCGCCACAGGAUGGACAACGAGAUCAAUAAUAGGAAGUGUGAAGUUCUCCUGGAUGGCAGGUUUCAAGUGUCGAAGUGGAUGAAUAUCCAUGUCGGUGAUGUGGUUCGUUUGAAGAAAAAUGAUCACAUCCCAGCCGACAUUCUGUUGUUGUCCAGUUCAAACCCCAACAGUCUUUGUUAUGUUGAAACCGCCGAGCUCGAUGGGGAAACCAACCUGAAGUUUAAAAUGGGUCUGAAAGUGACAGACGAGAGACUGCAGGAGGAGGGCCAGCUGGCACAGUUUGACGCCGUGAUAGUGUGUGAGGAGCCUAACAACCGUCUGGAUAAGUUCACGGGGACCAUGCGUUGGAGGAAAGACCGAUUCCCUCUGGAUCUGGACAAUAUGAUGCUGAGAGGAUGUAGGAUCAGAAACACUGACGAGUGUCACGGACUGGUCAUCUUCGCAGGCGCCGACACUAAAAUCAUGAGGAAUGGGGGCAAGACCAGAUUCAAGAGGACUAAAAUCGAUGAAUUGAUGAACUACAUGGUGUACACUAUCUUUGUAAUCCUGGUCCUGUUGUGUGCUGGCCUGGCCAUCGGAAACACCUUCUGGUACGAGGAAGUAGGCAGCAAGGCCUGGUAUCUGUAUGACGGUAAGGACCAGACUGCUUCUUACAGAGGUUUCCUCAGCUUCUGGGGGUACAUCAUCGUGCUCAACACCAUGGUUCCCAUCUCCCUCUACGUCAGUGUGGAGGUGAUUCGUUUGGGCCAGUCUAAGUUCAUCAACUGGGACCUUCAGAUGUACUACCAGGAGAAAGACACCCCAGCCAAGGCCCGCACCACCACCCUCAACGAGCAACUGGGUCAGAUCGAAUACAUCUUCUCAGAUAAGACCGGUACCCUCACGCAGAACAUCAUGGCCUUCAAGAAAUGCACCAUUGCUGGACACACCUUUGGUGACCCUGCUAAUGUUGCGGGUGUACCUCUGGAUCGUGGGAAGCCAGUGGACUUCACCUGGAACAAGUACGCAGACAGGAAGUUUGAGUACUUGGAUCAUUCCCUGGUGGCCUGCAUCCGGUCCAAGAAGGACAAAGACACCUUGGAGUUCUUCAAGCUGCUGUCUUUGUGUCACACUGUCAUGGUGGAACAGAAAGAAGAUGAGUUGGUGUACCAGGCAGCCUCUCCUGAUGAGGGAGCUCUGGUGACGGCUGCCAGGAACUUCGGUUUUGUGUUCCUGUCCCGUACCCAGGACACCAUCACCAUCAGCGAGAUGGACCAGGAGAUGACCUACGAGAUGCUGGCCCUGCUUGACUUUAACAGCGACCGCAAACGCAUGUCCAUCAUCCUGAGGUUCCCUGACGGUCGGAUCCGUUUGUACUGCAAAGGAGCAGACACGGUCAUCUACGAACGCCUCUCUCCUAACUCCAAACACAAGGAAGUGACCCAGACUGCUCUAGACAUCUUUGCCAACGAGACUCUCCGGACCUUGUGUCUGUGCUACAAGGAUAUCAGUAAGCAGGAGUUUGACGCCUGGGCUAAGAAGCACAAGGCUGCCAGUGUUGCUAUGGGCAACAGGGAGGCUGCUCUAGAUCGAGUGUAUGAACAGAUUGAGAGCAACCUCAUGAUGAUCGGCGCGACUGCCAUCGAGGACAAGCUACAGGACGGGGUUCCUGAGACCAUCGCCAAGCUGGCAAAGGCUGACAUCAAGAUCUGGGUCCUGACUGGAGAUAAGAAAGAAACGGCUGAGAACAUCGGUUAUUCCUGUAAGCUGCUUACCGAUGAUAUGCAGAUCCACUAUGGAGAGGAUGUCAAUGAGAAGCUGCGGAUCAGACAGGCAAACCGAAGGGAUCAGCCGCCUGCGUUCGGUCGGACCAGGAAGAAGGUACCGGAUCCUUUCUUCCCUGAGCCUGGCAGGAACGCCCUCAUCAUCACUGGAGGCUGGCUGAAUGAGAUCUUAUACGAGAAGAAAAAGAAGCGUCGCCGUCUUCGACUGAAGCGUCUCGGUAAGAGACCCGCCUCCGCCACGCCCCAGGAUGCCGCCCAGCCAAUCGACGACUGGGAGAAGGAGACUCGUCAGGUGGACUUUGUGAACAUGGCGUGCGAGUGCGAAGCGGUCAUCUGCUGCCGGGUCACGCCAAAACAAAAGGCCAACGUGGUCAGCCUGGUGAAGAAGUAUAAGAAGGCUGUCACGCUGUCCAUCGGAGACGGAGCCAACGACGUCAACAUGAUCAAGACUGCAGACAUCGGUGUGGGUAUAUCUGGACAGGAGGGCAUGCAGGCGGUGAUGUCCAGUGACUAUGCCUUCGCUCAGUUCCGGUACCUGGAGCGUCUCCUGCUGGUCCACGGUCGCUGGUCCUACAUCCGCAUGUGCAAGUUCCUCCGCUUCUUCUUCUUCAAGAACUUUGCCUUCACCCUGGUCCACUUCUGGUACUCCUUCUUCAGCGGGUUCUCAGCUCAGGUUGCCUAUGAAGACUGGUUCAUUACUUUAUACAACGUGAUGUACAGCUCCCUUCCCGUCCUGUUGGUUGGCUUAUUGGAUCAGGACGUGAACGACAAACUGAGUAGAAAGUUCCCCAAGUUAUACCUCCCUGGUCAGCAGGGGGCGCUGUUCAACUACAAGAACUUCUUCAUCAGUCUGUUCCACGGCAUCUUCACCUCUCUGGUGAUCUUCUUCAUCCCGUACGGGGCGUUCCUUCAGACCAUGGGGCAGAAUGGAGAGGCACCGUCAGACUACCAGUCCCUGGCUGUGGUCAUGGCUUCCUCUCUCAUCUUCACAGUCAACAUGCAGAUCUCUCUGGAGACUUCAUACUGGACCUUUGUUAACUGCUUCGCCGUCCUCUGCAGUAUAGCCAUAUACUUCGGCAUCAUGUUCGAUAUCCACAGUGCAGGAAUCCACGUCAUCUUCCCGUCAACCUUCACUUUCACCGGAGUGGCCUCUAACGCGCUCAGACAGCCCUAUCUUUGGCUGACCAUCAUCCUGACUGUGGGGAUCACCCUGCUUCCUGUCAUCUGUAUUCAGUUCCUCUACAAAACCAUAUGGCCGUCCGUUGCAGACAAUGUCCAGAGGAACAGGAAGAAGUAUGAGAUGGAGGAGGUAGAGGAGGAGAAAUCCACUCCCUUCCAGCGAGGAAGACGCUCUCGCCGCUCAGCUUACGCCUUCUCUCACUCCAGAGGCUACGCCGACCUCAUCGCGUCCGGCCGCAGCAUCAGAAGACGACCUGCUACAGCACGCCCCAACCCCAGGGACAGCAUCCGAGAGAUCCCCCAGGCCGAGAACAUAUGAGGUGGUGGUGGUGGUGGUGGGGGGGGGGGGGCUCACCACACCACACCACACCAGGUCCUAGAUUUGUUUGUGCUGUCUUGCCAACUCCUAUGGUCCUACAACUCCUGUGGUAAAUGUCAGUUUCUGACCAUAGGCGUUGUCAAGACGACACAAACAGAUCCGUGACCAGGCUAUCCUGUCAUGCCUAUGCUUUUAGGAGGUUGAUGAAGCUGAGACCACAUUUGAGGUCUCCCCGGCAUGAUCUUACUAAGCAAAAGACCCUUCCACCCAAAAGCUUACUGAAGCCCUUUUGUAUUGGGGAUUUAAUGUUUAAGGUUUCGUGUAGCAGACAACGUUGUUUAUCACAGAAUUGCUCGUCAUUACUGGGUACUCCAGAUAUACCUUGGCCUGUAUUGAUGAAGCCUUAGUUUGAGUACUGAUCUAGGAUCAGGUCCCACCCCAUGUACAUGUAAUCUUGUAAUUAUCUAAAAGGGAAUACUGUUCCUAGAUCAGCACUUUGUGAAUACGGGCCCAAGAGUUAUCGGGUUGGCCUUGUUUAAAUGGACUAAAUUUAAUAUAUUGUUAAUAUUAUUGUUGGUUUGUAUUUCACUGGAUCAGUUGUGAAAAUGUAUACUUGCAGUCAGAAGGGUGUCAUAAUCAUGAUUUUAUAUUUAAAUGUACAAGAAUUUCAGCUUUAUUUUCUGUUCAAAAUGCUGGAUCCUAGAAGCAAGGUAUGUUUUCCACAGUAUAUUUUAUGGUGUCCUUCCUUAUUGCUGUAAGUUAUUUAUCACUCUCUUUAUGCACAUGGAUUCAUUGUAUACAUGCCAAUAGAACCCUGCUGAACCAGUUGUUUACAGUGAUCCAAUAGAACCCUGCUGAACCAGUUGUUUACGGCGAUCCAAUAGAACCCUGCUGAACCAGUUGUUUACAGUGAUCCAAUAGAACCCUGCUGAACCAGUUGUUUACGGUGAUCUAAUAGAACCCUGCUGAACCAGUUGUUUACGGUGAUCUAAUAGAACCCUGCUGAACCUCUGGACAGAUUUAGUUUGACCGGUUUUUAGCUAAGCUUUUUUUUCAGAUCAUAAACUGAUGUAAAUAGCUUCUUGCAUUCUUUAAUGAAUUGAUCUAGAUAACUGUUAUUAUAGUAUCAACACUGUCCAUCCUCUCCUUUUUUUUUUUGCUUAUUUUUGUAACAGGAUGGUUAUUACUAUGACUUUUUGGUGUAAAAUGGCAAUGGUCUAAAUAUUUACUUGUGCCUCAAAUGGCAUUCUACUCCCUAUGUAGUGCACUACUUUUAACCAGGGCCUGUGGGGCUUCGGUCAAAAGUAGUGCACUACAUAGGGAAUAGGGUGCCAUUUUUUGGCAUUUAACCAUUUGAAAUGAAGAAUGAAUGGAAUUGGCCAUUUGCAAUAUUUGCUAUGAAGGACCAACCUGCUCAGACGUUCCAGUUAGUUUAAUAUUUUGACUUGGGCUUUGACUCAAUCCACAAGGAUGCAGUCUUUGGAUUGAGUCUCAGCCAUGGCUAUUUUAUUGGCCUAAUGCAUUAUAUCAGCCUUUUAUCAAUAUGAUCUCUGUCGAACAGUACUGUUUAGUGUGUAUAAAUACUCUUUGUUCUGUUACACACUUCAUCAUGCUGUAUAACAAAUGGAUUUUGUAACUGUAUUUUAAAGGAUUGUGUAUACAUUUGCAUUAUACAUUUGUGUAUACACAAUACUGAACAAUGGCCUUUAGUGGUCAACUGGGCCACUCUUAAAACUACAUUUUUUUUUAAAUUCUUGUUUUUAUUAAUUGUAUUAAUGAUAUAAAGUACCUUGUAAAAUGACUUUGAAUAAAGACUGACUAUACAGAGAA